GGCACAUGGCCCGGGCCACGGUAUAAAACCGGCUGCGGCGCCCCCACCCACCCGUGCUCCCCUCCCAGCAGCCUGGUCCAGCCUGUCUUGUUAGCCGGUUGAGAGUUCCGCAAGGCCAGCGCGAUGGCGAACCCCGAGGUCUUCCUGGGCAAAUGGUGCCUGGCCUCCAGCGAGGGCUUUGAGGAAUUCAUGAAAGAAUUGGGUGUGAGCAUGGCCAUGAGGAAGAUGGGAAGUAUGGCCAAGCCAGAUGUUAUCAUCAGCAAGGAUGGAGAUACAUUCACAGUGAAAACAGAAAGUACCUUCAAGACAUCAGAAUUCAGCUUCAAACUGAAUGAGAAAUUCAUGGAGGAUACGAUAGAUGGCCGAAAAACAGAGACCGUUAUAACGUUGGGUGACGAUAAUGUGUUAACCCAGGUCCAAAAAUGGGAUGGUAAAGAGGCCACGAUAACCAGGAAGGUGGUAGAUGGGAAACUGAUUGUGGAAUGUGACAUGAACAAUGUGAAAUGCACUCGAGUUUACAAGAAAGCAUGAAGACCCUGGUCCGCCCUUUAUAUCGGGAGGUGAUUGAUGGACAGUUCAGUUCAAGGCAUAAAGCUAGAAACACUCCGUAUUGUUUCUCAUUUUUGUCUCCCCACAUCCCGAAAGAAUCUGUACUGUAUUCAAUUAAAUUUCCAAUCUGUUAUACAUAUUUUGAGAAGUAUUAAAUUUGAUUAUAAGA